AUGGCCUGCGGCGCCGGAAAUUGUCAGUCCGGUUGCUUCCGGGACGACGACGACUCGGUCGUGACGGAGAAGAAGAAGUUAACCAAUCGGACUCUUUCAAGUGGCAGCGAUAUCGACCUUCCCAAUCACCAUAAUCUCUGCCUCAAGUGCAAGGUGAACGAGACCCUCGCCUCCUCCGGCACAGUCUCGGUCGACGGGGACAUUGGCCGAUUUUGCUUCGAUUGCUUCCGCGGCAAUCUAUUCGGCAAGUUCAAACUCGCCGUCACCUCCAACGCUAUGAUUUCCCCAACGGAUAACGUUCUUGUCGCCUUCUCCGGCGGUCCUUCUUCCAGGGUGGCGUUGCAAUUUGUACAUGAGAUGCAGCAUAAAGCGCAGAAGAAUUUUGACGCAAGUAGAGAUAGAUCAUUACCUGUAUUUGGUGUUGGCGUUGCUUUUGUCGAUGAAAGUGCAGUUUCUCGGAUUCCUUCCGAUGAAUUUGACAAAGCAAUUCAAGAUAUGAAAUCGAUUGUUUCAAAUUUAGCUCCUCCAGAUAAAGCCUUUCACGUUGUUCCCAUUGAAAGUGUAUACUCUUCAAAUGGAAGGGAUAGAUUGGAAGAGUUGCUGAAUGCUGUUAAGGACGUAACAGGGAAGGAAGAUCUUUUGCAGCAUCUGCGGAUGUUGUCAUUGCAAAAGAAUGCUUAUGAAAAUGGGUAUACCAAACUUCUUUUGGGAUCAUGCACAUCGAGGAUUGCUUGCCAUGUGAUUUCUGCAACUGUGAAGGGCCAAGGUUACUCCUUACCAGCAGAUAUACAAUAUGUUGAUGCAAGGUGGGAGAUCCCUGUAGUGCUUCCACUUCGUGACUGUCUUGCACAAGAGCUGAACAUGCUUUGUCGGCUUGAUGGUUUGAAGACCAUGGAGGUGCUUAAUAGUCCUCAUUCUGGCAUCAAUGGCUUGGUUGCAUCGUUUGUUACACUUUUGCAGGAAGAGAACCCUUCUCGAGAAUGCACGAUAGUAAGAACAGCUGGAAAGUUGACUCCAUUUCAUUUCAAUCAGAUUCCAGAAAGUGAUGACUCUAAUGUCCAUUUGGCAUCCCGACGGCGUCAAAAGAAAUUCAAUCUCAAGCCUAAUGAAUCUGUACCCCCAGAGUCAUAUUGUCCUAUCUGCAAUAGCCCACUUAGCAAAUCUGAUCAUAUAAAUUUGAGCAGUCUUGGGAGUGAUCAAACAAAUGCUGAUAUUUUUGGGGCUACUUGUUGCCCAAGUUGCCAGUUUCAGAUACUUCCCAAAGAACCUGUGUCUAUGGAGCAUUUUUAUUCCCUUCUUCCCCAGCAGUUUGUUGUUCAAGCGAAGGACAGAAGCUUUAGUAUGCAGAGACAGCUAAGGGAGCAAAUACAAGAUUUCCUGCUAUCCGAUAGCGAAGAUGGAACCUGAACUCAAAACUCUUAAGGCUUGUCCCAUUUCGGAUGUAGGUUUUCUUCUACGUGGAAGCUUUCGAAAGAUGGUGAUACUUGCACCUACAACUGUUAGAAACAUGUCGCAUUUGGAGGCUUCCAUUCUUGCAGAUUAUGUAGUGAUUUUUUUUUUUCAAAUAAUUAAUGUGACAGAUAUAAGGAGUUUCUUGAUUUAUAGAAAGUGCUGCAGAUAUAGAAAGCUGGGAAUUCUCCUGAGUUACCAAGA